AUGGAAAUUCAAAUCCAAAAGAAACCCAGAAUUCUUUGCCUCCAUGGCUUCAGAACCAGUGGUGAAAUCCUCAAGAGAUUGGUCGGACGGUGGCCGGAAACCUUGCUCGAAAGGUUAGACCUUGUCUUCACCGAUGCACCUUAUCCGGCACAAGGCAAAUCUGAUGUUGAAGGCAUUUUUGAUCCUCCAUACUACGAGUGGUUCCAAUCUAGCCAGGGCUUUACAGAGUACUACAAUUUUGAAGAAUGUCUUGAAUUCCUGGAGGAUUAUAUGAUGAAACAUGGGCCUUUUGAUGGUUUACUAGGUUUCUCCCAGGGGGCGAUAUUAUCAUCAGCACUGCCUGGGAUGCAAAUAGAGAAAGUGGCUCUGACCAAAGUUCCAAAGAUAAAGUUUGUAAUUAUAAUAUCAGGUGCAAAAUUUGGAGGAUACAAGUUUGGGUUGCCCAAGCUGGCUGCUAAUGCAUUCUCGUCCCCAGUCCAGUGCCCAUCCCUUCACUUAAUAGGUGAUAUGGACUUCCUGAAGGAAGAGGGUAUUGCUUUACUGGAAUCAUUUGUGGAUCCCGUCGUGAUUCAUCACCCAAAGGGACACACCAUACCAAGACUUG